CCUCUAACCUCCCAUCCUCUCUGAUUUCAUGCCACAUCUCGCGCCAUUGUUGUCCAUGUAGUGUCACGUGAUAAAAUUCAUUAAUUUACUUAUUAUCUUUCCGCACGUUGUGAUCACUUACACCUUCAGUGAAAAUGGACACGCGGAAGCUUAUCGAGCUUCUGAAAGCCACGAUCGAGCCGAACGAACGUGAGCUCGCCGAGGAGCAGCUAAAUCAGAUCAAUAAAAUAAUUGGAUUUGCACCAUCUCUUCUGCAAGUUGUAAUGAUGAAUGAUGUUGAGAUACCCAUACGUCAAGCUGGGGUGAUCUACUUGAAAAAUAUGAUCAACAUGAGUUGGGCCGAAAAGGAAGUAGAGCCUGGCCAAGUGACGCUACCAUUCACAAUCCAUGAACAGGACAGAGCGAUGAUCAGAGAUGCCAUCAUUGAUGCUGUUGUCCAUGCCCCGGAAUUGAUUCGUUCCCAGCUGGCCGUAUGUGUUAGUCAAAUUGUAAAGCAUGAUUUCCCCGGGAGGUGGACACAAAUAGUUGACAAAAUCAGCAUCUACCUGCAGAAUCCUGAUCCAAAUGGUUGGAUCGGGGCUUUGUUGUGCUUGUAUCAAUUGGUUAAAAAUUUUGAAUUCAAGAAGAUGGAUGAAAGAGCUCCAUUAAAUGAAGCAAUGAACCUCCUCCUGCCGUACAAUUUAGAGCUCAUCUCUCGGCUGUUACCAGACCAGUCAGAGCAGUCGGUGCUUCUUCAAAAACAAAUCUUAAAAGUUUUCUUCGCCUUGACGCAAUACGUGUUGCCUAUGGAUCUUCUUACAAAGCCAGUGCUUUCAAAUUGGAUGCAAGUAUUCCUACGGGUGUUAGAAGCCCCGGUCCCUGAAGAGGUUAACAGCCGGGAUGAAGACGAACGCCCGGAACUGCCAUGGUGGAAGUGCAAAAAGUGGGCCAUUCAUAUUCUGCAUAGGUUGUUUGAAAGGUAUGGCAGUCCAGGCAAUGUUUCUAAGGAGUAUAACGAAUUCGCACAGUGGUACCUGAAAACCUUCUCUGUCGGAGUUCUAGAAGUCCUAUUGAAAAUUUUAGAAUUGUACCGGCAAAAAAUUUACAUAGCACCCAGAGUCAUGCAGUUGUGCCUGAAUUAUGUAGAUCAAGGAAUCAUUCACGCCCACUCAUGGUCAUUCUUGAAGUGCCAUAUGUUUACAAUUAUUCGUGAUAUUGUUUUUCCUCUCCUCUGUUAUUCUGAGGCUGAUGAUGAGCUCUGGCAUGCAGACCCACAUGAAUACAUCCGACUAAAGUUUGAUAUAUUUGAAGAUUUUGUCUCACCUGUAAUGGCGGCGCAAACACUAUUACAUUCAGCUUGCAAGAAACGGAAGAACAUGUUGCAAAAAUCGAUAGAUUUAAUUUUGGAAGUUUUGAACUCGCCUAACGCCGGAGCUCCUCAAAAAGAUGGUGCCUUACAUAUGAUUGGUUCCAUAGCUGAUAUCCUCCUGAAAAAACCAAUGUAUAAGGACAAAAUGGAUGAGAUGUUGGCACGUUACGUCUUCCCCGAGUUCUCAAAUCCCAAAGGUCACAUGCGAGCUAGAGCAUGUUGGGUUUUACAUUACUUCAGUGAAAUCAAAUUCAAGCAAGAUGAAGCUAUUUUAGAAGCAACACGUCUUGUGGUCAACGCGGUUCUCAAGGACGAAGAACUUCCUGUUAAAGUUGAAGCUGCGAUCGCUCUUCAGAUGUUCCUCAAUUCUCAAGACAAAUGUGAAAAGUUGAUCGAACCCCAGAUCAAGGAAAUCACGAUGGAGCUUCUGCGAAUCAUCCGAGUGACAGAGAACGACGAUUUGACAAACGUAAUGCACAAGAUUGUUUGCACGUAUAACGAGCGACUGAUCCCCAUAGCCGUUGAGAUGUGCCAGCACAUGGUGACAACACUGCUCCAGGUCAUAAAUUCGGAAGAAGGCUCAGAUGAGAAGUCAAUUAUGAUCAUGGGUCUACUAAACACUCUAGAAAAUUUGUUGAACGUGAUGGAGAACAAUCAGCUCAUCAUGUCGCAGUUAGAACCAAUUGUAAUUCAGGUCGUUGCUUGUAUAUUUACACAGAAACAGAAAGAAUUCUACGAAGAAGCCCUUUGCUUAGUAUUCGUCCUCACGAACAAAGCCAUCUCCCCGGACUUGUGGAAAGUCCUAGAGCUUAUGUAUUCAAUUUUCGAAGAUGAAGGAAUCGACUAUUUCUUAGACAUGAUGCCCUCACUGCACAACUAUAUUACUGUAGACACGCAAGCUUUCCUUUCAAAUGAGAUCUACCUCCUAGCCAUGUUCAACAUUUGCAAGAGUGUUCUGAGCAGUGAUGCCGGCGAGGAUCCAGAGUGCCAUGCGGCAAAACUUUUAGAGGUGAUCAUUCUCCAAUGCAAAGGCAAAAUCGACCAAUGCAUCCCAUCCUUUGUAGAGCUAGUCCUCCAGCGUCUUAUGCGCGAGGUCAAGACCUCUGAACUGCGGACAAUGUGCCUCCAGGUUGUCAUCGCAGCGCUCUAUUACAACCCAGUGCUCCUCUUUGAGACGUUCGCCACGCUCCAAGCAACAAUGCCUGCAACCGAGUCGAUCGCAUCACAUUUCAUCAAGCAGUGGAUUCAUGACACCGAUUGCUUCCUUGGCCUCCAUGACCGCAAGCUGUGCGUUCUGGGGCUCUGCACAAUUCUCGCAAUGGCGCCCAACCGGCCGCCAGCACUGAAUGAGUGCGCGGAUAAAAUAGUACCAUCGUUAAUCUUAUUGUUUGAUGGAUUGAAAAGGGCUUACGCAGCAAAGUAUGCUGAAUCAGACGAGGAGUCUGAUUCAGAUUUGGAUGAAGACGAUGACUCAGAUUAUGUAGAAGUCCUGUCUAGUGACGAAGAUGAAAUAGAUGAAGAGGGUAACCAGUAUUUAGAAACACUAGAGAAGAAAAUCAAUAAAUCGGCAGCUGAUAAGGAUAUGAAUAUCACAACGGCAAUUAUGAGUGAUGAUGACUCCGACGAUUCAGAUGAUGAGGAUUACACGCCUCCAGAAGAGACUGCCUUAGAAAGUUACACAACUCCUUUAGAUACCGAUGACUACGCAAUUGACGAAUAUGUCACGUUUAAGGAAGUUCUCUUGGGCCUACAACAGAAUGACCCAGGAUGGUAUGGAGCACUGACAAGCCACCUUAGCACUGAGCAACAGAAGGCUCUUCAAGAAAUUAUGACUUUAGCCGAUCAGCGCAAAGCUGCAGCUGAAAGCAAAAGAAUAGAACAAAGCGGAGGAUACAGUUUUGUAAAUCAAACGGUCCCAACAUCUUUCAAUUUUGGUGGUCAGCCACUGGGAAGGUAAAGUCAGCUGCUGGCAGUUUAGGUUUUUUAAAUUAUCACAUGUUAAAAUGUUAUUGUUAACUGUUGAAAACUAUGUUUGUAAAUAAGCAUGUGUCUACGCAGGGCACCUUAUGACCUGCAGUUCAUUAGCUGCUUGCACAAACCAUUUGACUUCUAGAUUACUCGAGUAAUGGACGCAAAUAUAAAUGAGAAAAUGACGUUAUUAGGCAUUGAGCUUAAUGGAGAGUUUAAAAUCCACUCUCAUUUGGUUUGAAAUUUUUGUCGUCUCCUUCCAUGUCCUUUUAAAGGGGAAAAAGAAUAUUUAAACACAGCUGAGUCAAAUUAGUAGUCUGAAUGGUUUGUGUACUCUGGCGCAAAAGUUUUCGUAAGCUAUCUAUCAUGACUUCGUCAAAAAUGGCUCAGACGUAUGCAUUUUUUCUUUUUUCUUUGUUUCUUUUUAUAUCUCGUACGAAACCCCCAUUCUUGCUUUGAUCAACCGUAUGAACCGUUUUGUUGAGAAAGAAAAAUAGAAAAUAUAGUGGUAAGACUCGUUUCGGUGAUGAAAAUUAGUGAUUUUACAGUAAGCGAAAAACCCGAAUUUGUGGUGAAACAGAGGAGGAGGGAACCGUAUUACCUUUGAAGAUAAUGAGGAAAUACCUAAACAGGGGAUAAUGAUGAAAUACACCUGUUAAGUGAACUCUUGACGCAUUUUUCCCCCUGAGACAGUUCAGUAACUGUUUAAUUAUUUAAAAAAGGCACUCUAAAUUGCAAAAGUCUUUCAAAAUUCGGUGAACGAAUCUAUCAAAGUAAAGUCACCAUAAUAUUACCUCUUAAGUGUGUAUCUUGUGCUUCAAAAUAUUGUCUGAACGUCGACACUCUGAUAGUGUGAGUCAGUGAACAUAUUUCAUGAUUGGCAAUCAUGAAAAUAGCCUUAUCUUGAAAGGAAAGACAAAUUCUUUUCUGAAAACCUAAAUGAUCCAUUUUCGAAUUAAGCUCAUUUUAGGAUCAAAACUCAAUUAAAAAGAAAGUGUUGAAAAUUGGUUCCUAAUAAAUUAUACAAGCAAACUUCUCAUAGUAUGAAAUGAUGACCGAAAUGACUCAAAAAUCCUUAGUUUUACUAAUUUAUUUUUGCGCAAAAAGUAUUUAUGGACAAAGAUUCCCUCAGAGAAAGUGAUCAUAUAAUUUCUUGACAAAAGUUUAUGAAUGAACCAUUAUUGAAUUUUGUGAUUGAAUCAAAAAGAGCUGGUCUGAAACUCUACUAUAAUGCUUGCUGCGCUCGGUCGAAGAGAGAGAUUACUUUGAUAACUAAUAUUUAUUACUGUAGCCCGGUAAUUGUGUGCUGUGAUUCUAUUAACCCGCCUCUGGGACUGGAACUCAGUUCUCCACUUGUAUUGAUUGUCGAUGUAAGAUGCUAUGCUCUGCUGAUUUUUGCGAGGAUGCUUCCUAGGUUUAUUUUUUCAAGUGACAGGUUAAAUAUGGGAGGUAUUACAGAACGAGAAUGUUACCUAAGUGUACCUAAUGCAACCUAAUAAUAGACCUUUGACACUUUCGAAUCCAUAGAAAUAUCGUCCGAAUACGCCCAUCAAAGUUAAAUCAACCCAAAAUUAAAAAACCCAACCAAAAAGGAAAUCCAAAACUAACAGAAAACACAAAAUGUGCAGAACAAGAGAAAAUAUAACCCCUAUUUUCCCUCUAUCCCCCGAUCUUCCCUCUAUUUUCAUUAGUGGAAUCAGAUCCUCUUCUACAGCUAGAGGUUUGCUCAUUUUUUGGCCAUCUAUUUCUUUAUACAAUUUUUUUAAAGAUAAUAUGAACGGUCCAAGUGUCCACUCAUUACUUACUUAUGUUUUUUUAAUACGAAACUAGAUUUUUGAAGUUAAGUAUGGCCGAGUCGGUAGUGGGCCACCGGAAUCCCGAAUAUUGUUCUCGAGUCUUGUGACAAAGAGCCGGUAAUCAGCAGGUCAAAGGGACUCAGAAACACCGGCAAUAUUCUCACUUGAGCUGUCACUCAAUUUGCUUUAUCAGUCCAUUUUUUUCAGCCUAUUUAAAAUUUUCAUCUUUUUUCAGCGAACAACAUUCAGUUUUAAUCGUAUGUAGCACUCGAUUGGCUGUAUAACUCUAGUAGUAAUUAAUGAUACUCAUGUAAGGAUCUGAUUCUGAAGUGUUUUUUUGGAAGAAAGCUUUCAAAACUAGCAAAUCGUAACGGACAAGGGAUACAAGAUAGGUAUUCUAUGUAAAUUUAACUAGGAAGCGCCCCUGAUAUCCUACUUUUGGGCCAGUCACUGAUUCAGUGACUUCAAGUAGAAACCGGUGAUAGACCUCGUCUCCGCAGUAAAAUUGAGUCAAUAAUUUACUGUCUAUCGCACAAUGGAAAAUAUGUAUCUUGUUUGCGCAGUUUCAAUAUUUCUACUGUCAGGUGGUCUAUGACAUUUCUGCUUUUUUUCAAGGGAAAAUCGUCUUACAAAUUAGCUUGAAAAUUUCGGUCAUUUCCCACAAGGUGAAAAAAAUCACCAACAAUUUUAGAUAAAUGCGUGUGAAGAUUUUCUAAAAAAAAGGAAAAAAUACUGAAGCAGCAUAAGCGAGAUACAUUCCUUCAUGCGAGAGACUAUGAAUUGUAGUCCGCAAUCCUUUCAUGUAUUUUCACUCGCUAACUGUUUGAACUAUCCUCUCUUCAAAUUGAAAAUGUCAUUUUUUUCUUAUUUAUCUAUGAAGUUUUAAUGACCCAGUCAGCAGGGCUGAAACUUUAACUUAUUCGAGUGUGUGCUAAACGCUCUGUAAUUAACGGUUUUAAAGUUUUCUAAAUUGAUAGGCAGAAUAAAAUCCAAUGCCAAAGUGUGCGGGUUUUCUUUUUAAGACUGAACUAUUACAGACAUGCCAAGCUGUUUCUUAUCUGGAAGGAUACGCCUAUUGAUUAGUCUGUUUUUAUUUUUUAUCGUAUUUAUUUUUUUUGUAAGUAAUUAUGAAUUACCAAUUAACCAACCCUUCAAGUGGCUUGCGGUAUCUCAUUGUAAAAGUGGUCUGUGGACUCACGCAGUCCAGCUUUGAAGUUUUAUUUUUAAUAAACCUAGUUUUCCAUUUGUA